CCCCAACUCUCCCCCGCUUCAACGGAAAAAAAAAGGGGUCGCGUCUCCUCGUCUCGUCGCCUCUUCCUCCUUCCAAUUCAUCUCGUCCUCUCUCUCGUAACUCGUAAAGAGAUCUCGUCUCGCCUCGGGAAUCCAACCAUUGCCGGCGAAGUAGAGAUCGGGAGGGCGGCGCCAUGAACAGGGGCGGCGGCGUCGGCGUCGGCGAUGAGAGCGGAAGCGACUACGAGAGCGGCGGCGGCAUGCGGAAGCCGCUGCUGAUGCACACGGGGAGCUGGUACAGGAUGGGGUCGCGGCAGGGGAGCCUCACCGGCGCGGGGACCUCGUCCAUGGCCAUCCUACGCGAGUCCCACGUCUCCGCCUUCCUCUGCACGCUCAUCGUCGCGCUCGGCCCCAUCCAGUUCGGAUUCACGGGGGGCUUCUCCUCCCCGACGCAGGACGCCAUCAUCCGAGACCUCGACCUCACCCUCUCCGAGUUCUCGGUGUUCGGAUCGCUGUCCAACGUCGGCGCCAUGGUUGGGGCGAUUGCCAGUGGUCAGAUGGCCGAGUACAUUGGGCGCAAAGGGUCAUUGAUGAUUGCUGCAAUUCCAAACAUCAUUGGUUGGCUUGCCAUCUCCUUUGCAAAAGACUCAUCGUUUCUUUAUAUGGGACGAUUGCUCGAGGGGUUUGGUGUUGGUGUCAUCUCUUAUACGGUGCCAGUUUACAUAGCAGAAAUAUCACCUCAAAACAUGAGAGGUGCUCUUGGCUCAGUGAAUCAGUUAUCUGUAACCGUUGGUAUAUUGUUGGCAUAUUUGCUCGGCAUGUUUGUUCCUUGGAGGCUUCUUGCUGUAAUAGGAAUCUUGCCUUGCACUGUGUUGAUACCUGGCCUAUUCUUCAUUCCAGAAUCCCCAAGAUGGUUGGCAAAGAUGAACAUGAUGGAUGAUUUUGAGACUUCUUUACAAGUUCUGAGGGGAUUUGAGACUGACAUCAGCGCGGAAGUGAAUGAUAUAAAGAGAGCAGUAGCGUCAGCAAACAAAAGGACAACGAUCCGUUUUCAAGAAUUAAACCAGAAGAAAUACCGCACACCCCUAAUACUAGGAAUUGGCCUACUUGUACUGCAACAGCUAAGUGGAAUCAAUGGAAUAUUGUUUUAUGCAGGUAGCAUCUUCAAAGCAGCAGGUCUCACAAACAGUGACUUGGCUACAUGUGCACUUGGUGCUAUCCAGGUUCUUGCUACAGGAGUUACAACCUGGUUAUUAGACAGAGCUGGCCGACGGAUCCUCCUUAUCAUCUCUUCUGCUGGGAUGACUCUAAGCCUCCUUGCAGUUGCUGUUGUAUUUUUCCUCAAGGAUAGCAUUUCACAAGAUUCUCACAUGUACUACACCUUAAGUAUGAUCUCCUUGGUUGCUCUUGUGGCUUUUGUAAUCGCCUUCUCCUUCGGUAUGGGUGCCAUUCCAUGGAUCAUAAUGUCAGAGAUCCUCCCGGUUAGUAUCAAGAGUCUCGCAGGAAGCUUUGCGACGCUCGCCAACUGGCUUACAUCCUUUGGAAUAACAAUGACAGCAAACUUGAUGCUUAGCUGGAGUGCUGGAGGGACCUUUGUGUCCUACAUGGUCGUGAGUGCUUUCACCCUCGUGUUCGUCAUCCUUUGGGUGCCAGAGACAAAAGGAAGAACUCUCGAAGAGAUACAAUGGUCCUUCCGCUGAGCCUUGUGGUCUUCGAAAAUAUGGCCAUUUUUUCAAGUACAAAGGGAAGGAUUGAUUUGCGCAUUUGCAAAUCUUGUGUAUUCUAUGUUCCGAGUCAAGUAUACUGGACAAAAAGCAAAGUAUUCUUUCUGUUCAUAUAUUCUUGUACAACAUUGUUUCACGUAUUCCAGAUCGACUUGCAAAGGCUUUUGUGCAGUGACACACUCGUGAUCUCAUCCUAAUUGCUUUUC